GAUUCUGAGUCUAGGAGCCACAUUCCUGCUCUUAGGCGACUCAAAGCCGAUUUCAACAAGCCGGUGUCCCGAGAACUUCCCGGCAGGAGGCAGCCAGCCCCGCGCGGGGGGCAAGUGGGCGCAGUGGAGGCAGAAACAGCAAGCAGCAGCAGGGCUGGGCGGAGGCGGUUAGGCUUUCCGACGCAGGCCAGGUGGGCUCCUCGGGCUCCGGGGACCCGGUGCUGGGGUCAGCGCCGGGGCCCUUUGCAGCCAGCUACACCCUCCCCCUUCCCUGCGGGCUUUUGCGCACGACGCGCCGCUUCACACGGAGAAGCGGGGACUUGAUAAAGCCAGCCAGGGCGGCGCGCAGCCGCCGGCGUCGUGGGGGCAGCAGCGGUAGCUACAGCGGGACAACCCCUCAGCGGCCCCGGCGCGGUCCAGGCGGGGGCUGCGCGCAAGGCGCUGGUGGCAGGUGAGCGCUCGCCGCGGGAAAGCCCAGUGCGCGACUCCAGGGAGCACGUAGCAGGGCGCGCGAGGCCGCAUGAAAGCCGGCGAGAGGAUGCAUCUGUUGGACUCCAGGCUUGCAGUCGGGACUUACACAACUCUGUGGGAGGAUGGGACCAGCAGCAGCCCUCCGGCGUCUUCACCUGGCCUGGCCUUGCAGCCCACUGAGCCGGCUCCGCAGAGCAGCCAUUACUGCCAUUCCCAGAAGGGUCCUGGCAGUCACUGCGACCCCAAGAAGAGGGCCUGGCGGCAGCUCUGUGUGGCUUCUGCCUUCUGCCUGUUGUUCAUGAUUGGGGAAGUCAUUGGUGGGUACCUGGCACAUAGCUUGGCGAUCAUGACAGAUGCAGCCCACAUGCUCACUGACUUUGCCACCAUGCUUAUCAGCCUCUUCUCCCUGUGGAUGUCUUCCCGGCCAGCCACCAAGACCAUGAACUUUGGUUGGCAUCGAGCUGAGAUCCUGGGUGCCCUGCUCUCUAUGCUGUCCAUCUGGGUCAUGACGGGGGUGCUGGUGUACUUGGCGGUGGAACGGCUGAUCUCUGGAGACUAUGAGAUUGAGAAGCAGACCAUGCUGAUCACGUCGGGCUGUGCUGUGGUCAUGAACAUCAUAAUGGGGUUGAUUCUUCACCAGUCUGGCCAUGGACACAGCCACAACCCCGAGCACGGCCACAACGCCAGCCAGGAGCAGGGAAGCCCCAGUGUCCGAGCUGCCUUUAUCCACGUCAUUGGAGACUUUCUGCAGAGCUUGGGCGUUUUGGUGGCAGCCUUUAUUUUAUACUUCAAGCCAGAGUACAAGUUUAUAGACCCCAUCUGCACCUUCCUGUUCUCCAUCCUCGUCCUGGGGACAACCUUGACCGUCCUGAGAGAUGUGAUCCUGGUGCUGAUGGAAGGGACCCCCAAGGGGGUGGACUUCACAGCCGUGCGGAAUCUGCUGCUGUCCAUAGAGGGCGUGGAAGCCUUGCACAGCCUGCACAUCUGGGCGCUGACCACGGCCCAGCCUAUCCUGUCUGUCCACAUCGCCAUCGCUGAGAACGCAGAUGCCCAGGCUGUGCUGAAGGCAGCCAGCAACCGCCUGCAGGGGACGUUCCAGUUCCACACCAUGACCAUCCAGAUCGAGGACUACUCUGAGGACAUGAAGGACUGUCAGUCAUGCCGGGGCCCCUCGGACUGACCACCCGGCCAGGCACCAACGGGGCGGGGAUAGGCCUGCCGAUGGCUGGACUGAGUGUCGCCCCCCACCACCACUGCCAGGCUCAGCCAGGUCUCUGCCUGCCCUGGAGAACCAGGUCCUUCUCCUAACCGCCGCUCCAUGUUCAGUGUCAAGGGGCAUUGUCCACCUCCGGGAACGGGCUCUUCCCUCGCCUCCCUCAUCUGACUACCCCCAGCCCCAGGAGGGGAACCUGGCAGGUAUGGAGCUGGUGUGACCAUGUUCCUCCGGCUCCUGGCGGGGCAGAGUUCAGGCCUAGUCCUCAGCUAAUGCCGCCCCACCACCAGCCUCUGGAAAGGCAGUGAGGCACAGAGAUGGGUGGCAGGGGGGAGGCCGGCCUCGUUGUCUCCUCACCUGCCUGCCUCAUUCCCCAUCUUCGGUCUGUCUGGCCUCUGCCUCAUGCAUCUGCGAAGCAGCUCUACAAACCCAGUCCCCUUCCUCUGCCUCCGACAAUACGCUUUAAGGAGGCCAUGGGCCCCAGAAAUCAGGAUCCGGGGGGGCACCUGAGGCUGAUCUGUGCCUGAAUCAUUUCACUAUGAUUUUAUUUCACGUUUCCUUUUCCUGGAGGGAGGGGGCUUCUGACUAGGUAAGGACCUGCUGGAUUCUUCUUUCCUUAUCCCUCCCUCCCCCAGGAAGCUGUGCCAAUGCAAAGGUGCCCUGGCAGGAGAGGUGGAGGUGGGUGGAGAUUUCAGCUUGGGUUCUGCCCCCAGCAGCUCAAGAGCUCGCUGGCCACUCCUUUUGCUCUGACUGUGUCCUGGGGUCAAGGAGCCUGACAUCAGAUAUGGUUGGGCUGGCUCCAUUGCCUGCGUGUCCUGGCCUGCGUGUUGUCCAGGACGACAAAGUGGGUACAACCUAAAUAGAAACCCCUGGCUUCCUGAACUAGGAGGUGGCUUGCACCUCUGCAAUGAAGUGAAGGGACCUGUCCCCAGUCUGUGUCGCAGAGGAGGCAGCGCGCACAGUUGGCAGGUGGCCCUGAUCUAAUGGUCUGUGCCCUCAGGAGGGUCAGGGCCUGUCUCA